AUGGGGGAAGUUGCAAAUUUCGAAACCGGUGUUGCAAAUUGUUGCAAAUCAGUUGCAAAAUAUUGGCACUGGUUUGAAGUCGAUAUCUCAAAGUGGGGGUGCUGCGUGAAGUUGGCGCCCCCAUCGGGAAAUCGGAUUUCCCGGAGAAUGGGCGAAGUUGCAAAUUUCAAAACCAGUGUUGCAAAUUGUUGCAAAUCAGUUGCAAAAUAUUGGCACUGGUUUGAAGUCGAUAUCUCAAAGUGGGGGUGCUGCGUGAAGUUGGCGCCCCCAUCGGGAAAUCGGAUUUCCCGGAGAAUGGGCGAAGUUGCAAAUUUCAAAAUCGGUGUUGCAAAUUGUUGCAAAUCAGUUGCAAAAUAUUGGCACUGGUUUGAAGUCGAUAUCUCAAUGUGGGGGUGCCAACUUCACGGACGUCCAACGGCAUCAAAUUAUCAUACCAUAUUCGUGUCAUUUUGA